AUGGCCACCACAUCGCUACUUGAUCUGCCGGACGAGCUCAUUCACAACAUCUUCGCCCACUUGAACGCAUCCUCGGCCACCAAGUUUGGACAAAGCUCGAAACGCCUAUACAAGAUCUCGAAUACCGCCUCACUAUGGCGUCGCUGGUGUCGCCAAGGCUGGAACUACUGGGAAGAGCAAGAGGACAGACCCAUCCCGGACUACAAUCUUCACUCGCAGACUGAGUGGAAACAGGCAUACGCCAACAAGGUCACGCAGGAUAAAGAGACUCUGGCUAUCUUCAACGACCUUCUAAGCACGCAGCAGAACCGCAUGGCACGCAUGCACGAGAUUGUUGAACUUUACUCAUACGACGCCAAAGAUAUGCUGGUGGCCCAGCUUAGCACGCCUGACGACGCCGACGACGUUCUCGCCCGCCGAUACUGGAGUGGCGUUACUUUNGAGCUGCUACAUCGCUUCAAGGCUGUUCAGAUAUGGGACAAGAUGCAGUGGCAGGACUACCCACCACUUGAAGAAGCUUUGGGCGCCUUCGACCUGUUUAUCCAAGGCAGUGGCAGUGAUUUCGAGCUGUCUAUCCUGAAGAAAGAGUUGGACGAUAUUGCUCAUGCUAUUCAAUCUUCCGACCCGGAUUGGCGCGACAAGAGCCACACCGAUCAGGCCAUCGCCGUCUCCAAGUACCUGAGAGAACACCGCCUCGUCGGUUGCUCACCUGAAACCUUCAGCCUCAUGCGAUACCGUUUUCUCACUCACGUCUUGACACACCCCACCGACAAGUCUUCUAUUCCUAUGCAAUCAGUAGUCAUCUUCUGCUGUGUAGCUAUGAGACUUGGCAUCAAAGCCUGGCCUUGCAAUUUCCCAGGCAAGAUUCAUGCCGUCAUUGAGUCGCCGUAUGGUCCAUCCAUCAAAGAUACGCGCGCCACCCACAAGCUUCCUGACGGUGUCGUCUGGAUGAACCCAUUCGAUCACGACGAGAUCAUCACGGAGCAAGCCAUGCGAGACAUGCUCAGUCAGAUGCCACAUUACAACACACCAGAAAGCCAAUACUCAUGCUUGACGCGAGCUCACACCCGUGCUUUGGUGCUGAGAACUGGUGUUAAUAUUAUCGGAUCCAUGCAAUUUCACAGACCAUCUCCAGGCUGGGAGACCCCUAAUAUCGCCUUUUGCGCAUUGUGGAGCCUCAUCUCUAUGAGCCAGGUCGACGCCACCAAGAAUCGCGAUCUGUAUGGACGCCAUCAACAUUGGCUGAGCCAGAUAGUAAAUUGGUUCGAGGGUUAUGUUCAGGAUGGACUCUGGCUUGACGAUGCUGUGCUCUUUGAGCGCUAUGUUCUGCCUCUCAUCGAUGGAGUGGAAGCAAGUGCCAGACUCUCACAGAUUCUGCAACAGAUCCGAAUUGCAGAUUCCAAUGCAAAUCCCAUCACUCCUCGUGAUGAGCGUACACAGCUGGUCAAGUACAAAGUCGGACAAAUUUUCAGACAUGUCCGUUAUGGUUACGUAGGUGCAAUCAUUGGAUGGGAUCCUAGCUGCCAGGCUGGCGAGUUCUGGAUCCAAAANUGCGAGGACGAAUCUUUGCGUUAUGUUGCCGAGGAGAACAUCAUGGUUCUUGAAGAAGAGCCAUCCGCAAACUUGCUGAAACUCGCUGGUCGCUACUUCAAACGUUGGGACCAAGAGAACAAGGUCUUUGUCAGCAACAUCAAGGACGAGUAUCCUGAUGAUUGA